UCUUCCUAAGUAACAUAUUCGGCAUCCACUUUCCACUUAGAUUCCUGCUUUAUUACCAGGAUACCUAAAGGAAAAAAUCUUAAGAGCAAAGUAAUACAAAAUGGUUAAAUGUUACCAUGGCCAACAACUUUAUCAAGUUGGAUGAAAUUAAAGUGUUAUUUGUAUCCUAAGCAGGGACAGAGGAAGAGAAGCUAAAAAUGUAGCAAACUCCUGUACUUAGUCCAGAUCUCAAUUGCUUUUUGAGAAAAAAAUGUACAUCAAGGGUUAAGACAGCUUAGAUGCAAGCUUCUAUUGUCUCAAAACCAGAGAACCAGUUGGUGACAAGAGGCAGAUGCUGAUGAGGGACCAUGUGAGACUGGAACAGUGAAAGAAGCUUUCUUAUUGUGUGGGAUCUCUGCCUCAAUCAUCAGUACAAGGAGCAAAUGCUACUAAAAUGAAGACUUGUAUCAAGAGCCCAAACACAGCUAAGAAUUGGUGCAUGACAUGCACACCCUUACACCAGGAACAGCCAACUUGUUGAAGACUUAGCCAAGACUGCAGCACCUAUGAGUGGAAUUCCUAGAAGGCAUGGAGCCACUGACCCACCACCCUGGAAUCGAGAUGUUAUAACCAGAAGAGCACAUUGAAGAGAGCUGGCUGGAUCUGGGUGUGCUCAGAAUCCGGGUGUGCUCAGAAGAGAGCUGCAAGACGCUGAAGCAGGUUUUGGUCUCAGCCUCAGAUAGAAGAGUCUUCCGUUGCUGCUGUUUCCUCUCCAACCGUUUCCAUCCAAGCAAGACAAACUGUGAUUUGGGUAGGAACCAAAAAAUAACGCACUGCCUCUAUCCCCAGGAAAAUGUCUCAAGUACCCACCCUCCUCCUUGCUGUCACGCAUCAGGCCAGCUGAAAGCAGCAGCUCCAGGGCUCAUCCUUUCUGUGUGUGAGCCAGUUCAGCAUCCCCCAUGCCAGAACUGCAGCACCUGAAUGAACCCAGGCUCCCGGCUAAUGCCAGCCAGAUCCAGAGAAACAUCCUGGAAGAGCAUGUGGAGCUAUGGUGGUUCCAGGAGCCCAGGAAGUCCUUCAUCUGCUAUGGAAUAGCGGUGGCCUUGAUUCUAGCCUGUGGGGUGGGUGGCAUUGCCCUGCUCUACAGUACUAGCAGUCGCUCUGGAGAGUGGAGGCUGGCAGUGGGCACAACGCUCUGUCUGCUGGCACUCUUGGUACUACUGAAGCAACUGUUGAGCUCUGCCAUCCAGGACAUGAACUGCAUUCGCAGACGAGAACAGGUGGAGUUGCUGAAGAGCGGUGGGGCAUCUGACUGCGUUGUGCUUCUGCUGACGGCCUUGGUGCUGCUGGUGUGUGGCACAGUGCUCACAGCCCUCUCCACCACCAGUGUCAGCACCAGUCCCCCAACCCCACGCCCCCUUGCCAGCAUGUUUAUCAGUGGCAUUGUGCUCACAGCUGCGGGAGCAAUUAUCCUGCUCAGUCUGUUGCUGUAUUUGACAUGGACUUCCUGCCGUCCGGCUAUCCGUCAGAACCAGGGGGCUGAAAACAACAGUGCCAUCUUCACCGUAUCAGGACACGUUUCUGCCAGUCAGCAAUUUCCUCCUACCUCCAGCAUGGCAAACCUAAUUUAACCCUCAAGGACAUGGUGGUGACUGCCGCUGACUCUGAGAUUACUCUGACUUUGGGUUGGCAUUUCCCUACAUGCCAUCUGACCCAAACUCAGCACCUUAAUGAACUUUUCACUGCUUGGUCAGACAUCAGAACCUCUCUGAAGUUUGCUUUGGGGCACAUGGAGAAUCAAAAGAAGUGUAACGGGAGGAAAACAAGUGGCUAUCAUUCCAAAGUGGGACUGUGCUUAUCCUAAAUAACUAAGGCACCUUGAAUACAUGGAGAAGCAUCUCUCUCAGCAGUUCCACUGAAAAUCCAUUUCAGACUAACGUUGGUUUAUGAGGCAUUACCACCUAUUUCUUUUUUGCAUUCAAAAGGACUAGAAGCUUGCUUUUACAAAAAUGAAAGCAGCAGCUCUGUAGAAACUGAAUCAGUUUUAAGCUUAUGUGGUGUGAUAGUUCUAUUUAGAACAACCAAAGUAUGAAGACUAAAUAACUAAGCUACAUAGAGCAUAUUUCCAACAAAGCGUAUCUUCCUAGCCAGAACACUGAGGACCAUGGCAAAACACACCCUACAAUACAGCCAGCAGGGCUACCGGAUCUGGGCUGCAAAAAUCCAGGUGAUCACAAGAUGGCAGCAACAAGUUAUAUUUGUCUGUUUCUCUUUGCUGUCUUCUAGCAAUCAUCCAAAUUUUUGUAGCCCAGGCAUGGCAACUCUAACUGCCACUUGCCAAUGGUGCUUGAUAGAAAAUAGAUGAUAGGAAUAAUAUUUUCCAGUCUUAAGACUUCGGGAUACUGGAGUUUGGAAACAAGAUAAAACCACCCAGAGUUGUUGGGAGUCAGGUGGCACAUACAUUUAAUAAAUUAUUAUAAUUAUAAAAGAAAGUUUACAGCAGGACCAAACUGUAUGUGUGAAUCCAGGGAAGCAUCAAUUCAUGUAUUAUACUAAUAACAAAAUUGGUAUAGGUGUGCCUAUUUCCUGAUGUAUGAAGAAAUAAUACUCAUUUUGUUUACUUUUAUAAUGGAAAUCACUAAGUCUGAUUAUUUCAAGAAACAUCUUGCCCCAGACCAAGAGCAAGAUGACUGUACAGCAUCUACAGAUUAGUAGCUUUACAAUAUCUGUCACUUCCUGCAAUGCCAACUUUCCCAACAGCUGUAAAGUAGCAGACAAAAUCAGUAAAAUUACUUAAAUUGUAUCAACUAGAUUUUUAAAGUUUCUCUCAGUCUAUUUAAGCUGACUUGGUUCAUAUCAAGUGAGGACCUUAGUCUUGCUUUAUGGAAGUCUGGAAUCAGCUGUUUCUAACUUGGAUUUCAUCUGCGGUAGAGCCAAAACUGACAAAAAAUUUUAAAAAGUCUUUCUGAAAGGUUUAUAGUAAGCAAAGAGGCCUAGAAGUAUCUCCUCCAGUCAUACAACAAAACGGUAAGAUAAGGCUAUACCAAUUUUGAGUCAUACAGUAUACGUACAUGUUGAGAAAUCUGUAUUUCUAUAAAAAGACAUUCCAAAUUCUGCAUUCAGACAGAAUAACGCAUAUUAGGAAUGUGCAAUGCUUUGUGUUCAGUUCCAAAAGAAGGCUUUGGAGCACGUGGAGGUACAAAUGUCGGCAACUUUUAAAACACUCUAUCUUUUCCGAAGAUUACAUGGCAACUAUGCAAUCCCUGGAAAAGAAGAAGCUGCUUUAAAUUGUUGUGGACGGGUGCUAUAUUUGCACAUUUUCUGAUUACUUAGAAAAGCUACAUAGCCCUACUGCAUAUUAAAUACAAAUUCACACACUUUUUUGUUCAAGAUGCAACUUCUGUCAAGCUUUAGACAGCAAAUGUGGAAAAGGAGAUGAGUGAAAUGAUAAUGUUGUUUAAGAAAGGUGGGGGUGCCUGCAGUGAUAGGGGGUCCUUUUAUCUCAAGUGAAGUACAAUACAGCUCCAUUUAUAUCAUUUUUAAAUGAUUUUAACACCAUCCACCAUACUGGAUCUAGAAGAAACAGGGUGGUGCUUUGUUCAGCUUCUAAACCAUUUUGAAAUGUCAUUUGAUUCAUACAUGUACCUUAAAAAUCAAGAUUAAAUAAGAUAUUGUAACAUCUUGUAGCUUCACCAUAUACCUAUGGAUAGUUUACAUCCAGUUACUCACUAUCUACUACAACUUAGUUCUCACAAACAAGCUUAUCUACUCUUCUUCAGAUGUUGUCAUAGCAGUUUUCACUAGAAUACAAACAAAAAACAUGUGGAGAAAUCUGCCACUAUUCUCCAUAUCUCUGUGAUCUCUAUUUUACCAAGCACUAUUCUACAACUAUAACCCAGGUUCCAUUCACACGUCCUCAAAGAAACCAGACUGCGGUUGUGAAUUAUUAAACUGUCAGGCAACCAUUCCCAUUUCAAGAGUCCACUGGAGUUGGGU